CGGCCACGCCAUGAGGUCCAGGAGAUCGUCUACGUCCCCGCCGCCGUCCACCGCCCGGGGGACAAAGUCCAGUGCACCUACCUGGAGAUUGAGCAGGUGGAGAGGACCCACGCAGUGGUGCUGAGCCGUCCCGCCUGGCUGUGGGGUGCCGAAAUGGGUGCCAAUGAACACGGCGUCUGCGUGGGCAAUGAGGGCGUCUGGACCCGUGAACCCGUUGGAGAGGACGAGGCACUGCUGGGGAUGGACCUGGUGAGGCUGGGUUUGGAGCGGGGCAGUUCUGCUCAGGAGGCCAUGGAGGUGAUGACGGCGUUGCUGGAGCGCUAUGGCCAGGGCGGGAGCUGCAAGGAAGAGCCGGUGCCCUUCAUCUACCACAACACCUUCCUGCUGGCCGACCGCACUGAGGCCUGGGUGCUGGAGACUGCCGGCCGGUACUGGGCAGCCCAGCGGAUCCAAGAGGGCAGCCGCAACAUCUCCAACCAGCUGAGCAUCGGGAGCAAGAUCACAGCCGAGCACGCGGGGCGUCACAUCACAGCAGAGACGAUCAUGGCCAUCCUGCGGGACAAGGCCAGCGGGAUCUGCGUGGACUCGGAGGGCUUCCGCACAGCAGGCAGCAUGGUGUCCGUGCUGCCCCAGGACCCCGCCGUGCCCUGCGUCCACUUCUUCACGGCCACCCCUGACCCCUCCAGGUCCGUCUUCAAGCCCUUUGUCUUUGUGGCAAACCUCAAGCCCGUGCCACAGGUGACAUCUCCCACUUUCCGUGACGACCCCGCCAAGCGCAUCCCGCGGUUCCAGAGCACGGUUGAUCGGCGCCACAAGCUCUACCGCCAGCAUCAGGCAGCGCUGGAGUUGAUGGAGAGGGACCAGGAGCGGGGCCAGAGGCUCCUGGAGACACUGCGGGAGCUGGAGAAGCAAGGCCUGGAGGGGAUGAACGCACUGCUGGGGGGGACAGUGACCCCCCACCCGGAGGAGCUCGCUGACCUCUUCUUCGACUGCGUGGAGGCAGAGAUGAAGUUUUACACCUAA